AUGGACACGGGCGAUAGCGAGUUCAGCGUCGACGACGUCCUGCCCAUCUCCAAGAACGCGAUUGAGACGACCCUCAAGGACACCGUGUACAACCGCAAAAAGGUCAACGACUGGACCAACUCGCUCGUUGCGCUCGUGCUCAAUGGCCUCCAGAACCUCAACAAGCCGUUCAAAUACGCGGUCACGUGCCUCAUCAUGCAGAAAACGGGCGCGGGCGUCGCGACGGCCGCCGCUUGCUACUGGGACACGGUCCUCGACGGCUACUGCACGGUGCUGUGGGAAAACAGCACAAUUCAGUGUGUCGUGACGGUGUACGGCGCCGGCAUUUCGCCGUCGGUGAGCAAGCACGGCGAGCACUAG